AUGUGGUGGUCGGACCCUGCCAAAGAGGUCUUGAACAUCGUCUUCAAUCGCGUCCUUGCUCCCUAUGUGGAGAAUCUGGACAUGGGCCAGCUGAACUAUGGAAUCGGACAAGGACGUGUAACGCUUAGCAACUUGCGCCUGAAGAAGGGCGCUCUUGACAAAUUCAGACUGCCGGUUGAUGUUAUCGAAGGCCAUCUGGGAAAAUUUACUUUAUCGCUUCAUUGGAUGAACCUGGGAAAUCAGCCGGUCGAGGUCAUGGUCGAAGACGUGUAUCUACUUGUCGUACCUUCCUCCGAAUCAACAUACAAUUCGAAGGAGGACGAAGAAAGACAACAUGCUGCGAAAAUGGAGCGGCUGGAGAACGCAGAACUUUUGCAUAUGCGGGGUCAGUCAGAAUUGACGCAAGAUGCCCCCCAGUCUGAGGGCUUGAUAGCGUCACUUAUCACGAAAAUUGUGAACAACGUCCAGGUGUCCGUAAAAAACAUUCAUGUACGAUAUGAGGAUAAAAUGAGUGUUCCGGGACAUCCAUUUGCAGCCGGUGCGACGCUGUCAGGUUUCAUAGCGCAAUCUGUAAAUGAAAGAUGGGAACCUGCCUUCAUCGAUAGUAAGGCGGGUGCAGUUCAUAAGCUGGGAAAAUUAGAUUCCCUAGCACUGUAUUUCGAUACUGACGCGACGAGCAUGGCUGGACUCCCCCAUACGGAGUUCGUGAAGAAGUUUACUGAAAUGAUUGCCAAAGGCAAAACUCUUCCCAGUCACCAAUUUGUUCUGAAGCCUGUCACGGGUGAAGGCAGAAUAAUCAUGAAUCAUGAACAGAGCAAGGAGAAGCCGCGAUUUGAUGUGCAGCUCCUGUUCGAUGAGAUAGGCGGCUUACUGGAUGAACACCAGUAUCGAGAUAUCAUUUCUCUCGUAGACAUGUAUCACUUCUACGUGCGCCAGUACCAGUACCAAAGGUACCGGCCUUCCGCACAGGAGCUGAAAGAAAAUCGAUCCAAGGCGCUGUUCCGCUUUGCCGGCCGAGCUAUCCUUGAUGAGGUCCACGAGCGCAAACGGAAAUGGACCUGGAACUACUUCGCUGAGCGGCGUGAUGAUAGGCACCGAUACGUCGAAUUGUUCAAGAAGAAGCAACUCAAUCCUCUGAGUGAUGGAGAAUCCUCCGAACUCGAUGGACUUGAGAGAAAGCUCUCGUACGAGGACAUUCGGUUCUACCGUUCUAUCGUACGUUCUCAACUCCGCAAGGAUAUGGCAUCGCGGAAGAAGAUGGAAGAAGAGAAGAGAAAAAGAAAUCAAGCUCAAACACAAAGCAGUUGGUCUAGUUGGAUAUGGGGUUCCUCAUCCACCGAGUCGGCAGAUACUGCCUCCGAUGAUUCUGCGUUCACCGGAGAAAUGACGGAUGAGCAGCGGAAACAGCUUUAUGAAGCGCUUGACUAUGACGAAAAGGCCGCUCUGGCAGAAUCACUUGAAGCUCCUCGGGAUGCACUGAAGACUCGAGUUGGAGCGCAGCUAAAUCGAGGCUCGUUUACCUUGAAGACCGAUCCUCACGGCCAAAAUACAGAAAUCAUCUCGGCCGUAUCUGACGUCUUUCAGGUGACAUUUAUUCAACGACCAGACAACUUCGAGGCAUCAGUGUCGUUAGGCGGGUUCACUGUAUACGAUGGCACAACUAAGAGCACACUUUAUAAUCGGAUCGUGCGUGUCCAGGAAAGGAAGGACGGCGGCGAUGUCCUCAGAACGCAGAGCGUCGGCACAGGGAACCGAAUUUCAGAAAUUGUUGAUCCCUUCCUGUUCGUCAGAUUUGAGCAGAACCCUCUCGAUGGACGUGCCGACAGUGCACUGGAAAUGAGAAUGCGCUAUAUGGAAAUUGUGUAUCAUAAGGGCUAUGUCGAAGCGAUCUACAAGUUUUUCAAACCUCCUGCCAGUCAGCUCGAGUCGGUGGAAGCUCUUUUGAACGUGGCUAGCGAAACGCUCGAAGGACUGCGCAAAGAAACCCGGGCAGGACUCGAAUACGCCCUCCAAACUCAUAAGACGGUUGACGUUCAUAUGGAUCUAAACGCACCCAUCAUCAUCGUGCCUGAGGAUGUUACUACGAACGAAUGCAAGCAUCUGGUAAUUGAUGCCGGUCAUAUUGCAAUAAGGAGCGAACUAGGGAACAAACAAGCGAUCAAAGAGAUCCAGAAUAAACGAAAGCAAGAAUACCAAGAAGAAGAUUACAAGCGUUUGGAAUCUAUGAUGUAUGAUCGGCUCUCGGUCAAGCUGAAGGAUGCCCAGUUCCUAGUCGGGAACGACCUCCAAUCGUGCAUGGAUGCUCUCGUUUCCGACCACGAUGAUAAUCUGCACCUAUUGGAACGCAUCAACUUGGAUUUACAAGUGCACAAUUCCAUCGUCCCAUUGGCGUACAACCUGGCGAAGUACAAGGUUUCUGGUCAUUUGCCUAGCCUACAAGUCAAUUUAUCAGACAGCAAGUAUAAGUCUCUCAUGCGUCUGAUCGAUGUGUCAAUUCCAAAAUUCGACGACGAAGACUCAGAGACCUCUGAGAGUCGAUCUACCAUCGCCAUUGUUGGUCCUCAGCUGCCUUACACCUUCAGGGGUCUGUUUGGUAAUCCAGACACUGAAUACAAUAUAGAAGACAGUGACGAUAAUCAGAGCACGACAGUGGUUGCGUCCGAUGAUGGCCAGGAUAAUUUGGACAAGUCUUUCGAUGCAACCGACGAGGCCACAAAGAAUCCGGCAUUGCAUCAGCAUAUAUUCGAGUUUGACUUUCAAGUGGAUGUAUUGCGAGCGUCCUUAUUUCAAUCCAGUACAGACGGUGCAGACCGACCCAUGGGUGAUGUAACAUUUGAACGUUUUUCUAUGAUGUUUACUAUGGCGAAGUACGUCAUGACCGUGGAUAUCAGUCUGAGCUCAGUGUCGAUGAAUGUGUUCCAGGCUGGGAGAAAUCCUACGGAGUGCAUCUCUUCGACUGCUGGGCGUUCCGGAGGAGAUUUAUUAGUAGUCAAGUAUGUUCGAGUGCAGCCGAGGUCCCCGGAGUUUCUAUCCUUGUACGAGGGAGUGGAUCAAAACGUAGACGUCAAAUUCACAACCUUCGUCUUUCGUGCCGUUCCAGAGCCCGUACUCUCUAUGUACGAGUUCAUCAUGACUACCUUUGUCCCAGAGAAGCACCAGAAUAGUGUUCUUCCUUCGCCCGAGGUCCAACAUGACCCAACUGGGCCAACCCAAGAGGUAGUCGAGGAACGGCGAUCAACGGAGAAAAUCAAAGUCUCACUUAAGCUGGCUAGCAUUCAAGUGAUCCUCAUCAAUGACGACGUCAGAAUUGCAACUUUAUCUCUAUCCACGGCUGAUGUCGCCAUCCUCCUACAUGCUAACAAGAUGCAUAUCGGGGGAAGGUUGGGAAGCUUAGAUGUUAUCGAUGACUCCGACAUGGACACCGCUUCUCCCUCUUUCAAACAGAUUCUUUCCAUUGAAGGGGAGAAUUUUGCAGAUUUCCAAUACCAGACGUUCGAUCCUGAGGACAAGGAGACUUACACCGGGGUUAAGUCCAUCAUCAAGCUCACGGCCGGAUCGCUGAGACUGCAAUAUCUGGAGCAAUGUCUACACGACAUUUAUCUCUUUAUGUCAAAGCUUGCCAAGUUGAAGGGAAUUUACGAUGCCGCUGCUCAAGCAGCCGUACAGAGGGCGUCGGAGAUCGAGCGGAUGCAGUUCGAUGUAACUGUCAAGACACCCAUCAUUGUGCUUCCUUCGAAUCCCGAUGGAUCUCUUGACGUGCUCGAGUUACGUCUUGGAGAGUUUCGAGCUAGGAAUAAUUACGAAGGUGUUACAAACCAGACCAUGGCAACCCUCCACGGAAUCCAGCUAGCAUCAAAGCUGUAUAUCGACGACAACGGCAAACCGUCUGUCCUAAAGAUCGUGGAUGACAUUGAUAUUAAUGCGCAGGUCACGCAGACGAGCAAAAUUGAUCGUACAACGGACGUUACACGUCCAGAUACGCAGGUCACGGUGGAUAUUUCAGACGUUAGACUCCAUCUCACCCAAGUACAAUACCAUCUGCUUGUUGCCCUGUCUCAGUCGAUCCCGAAGGUAUUGGCAGGUGCUCCAGAAGGGACUGUCCAGGCUACUGAAGUCUUUGCUAUCUCUCCACCUGAUGCUGAGAGAAACACGUCUUCCCCACCUGUUCCAGGCGUUGAUCUGCAGCCUGAAUUGCGGCUCGUUAGACCGUCUGAGGAUUCCAGUAUCUGGACCACUGUUGACGCUGUUGUAACUAUUCAUGCGGUGAGGUUGCAUCUAUACGAUCGCCUGGCGACAACAGAAUCCAGUCUCAAAGAACACGGGAUCGUCAAGUUUGCGUUGAGCGAAGACAACCUGAGGCUGAAAAUUUUGUCGGACGGUGCAAUGGAGAUUCAGGUAGUUCUUAAAUCGCUGACUAUGAGUAACACACGUCCAGGCCCGUCGAGGUUCCGUGAAAUUGUACCGGCCGUCAAACACGAACGCAAUCAGGUCAUGAUUCUAUUUACCAAGUCGGGCGGGAAUGGUGCCUCUCUAGCUGUGGUGAAUGUCGAUUCGCCUAAGGUUAUAUUUGCUAUCGAUCCAGUCAUUGCUCUGCUCGAAUUUGCCCUGAGUCCUUUCUCGGAGAGCCUCCCACGGCACAAUAGUGAAAUUGAAGCACAGGACAGCACUCCUCAAGAGGACACUGCUGAGCAGGACAUUCAUUCUUCAAGAAUUGACUUUAGGCUCGAUCUGCAUGAUGUGUCAAUCAGUGUCCUUCAGAAUGACACGGAUUUGGAAACGCAAGCGAUCUGCCUGUCAGUGAAGCAAGUCCUACUGUCGCAACAGGGUGUCCUUGCAUUGACCGUGGAUCAUUUAGGCAUGUCCUUGAUCCGCAUGGGCAACGAGACCCCAGAAAGUGUCCGCUUCAUGGACGAUGUCGACCUUACUAUGUCCCUGGAUAGUCGCGCGAGCUCAUCUCAGCAGUUAACGAGUCUAGAAGUGUCACUAAAGCCUCUCGUCUUCCGUGCAUCUUAUCGUGAUAUCAACCUCAUUACUGACAUCGCCCUUCAUCUACCCCCCAAUCUUCUCAGCGUCCCGCUUUCAUGUCUAGUAAGCGAUCUGGCGUGGCUUCAGCUACUCGCGCAGUUUCCGGAUUGGCAAGUUCCCAGGUGCGAGCCAUCGGGCAUGCUCAUGCGCUUGUCACGAAAGAACAAACUCAUACUCAUUGGGGAUCUCCACGAGCAACCACUGCUCCAUGUCAAAUUUAAACCGUUCAUUCUCGGAGCAAAGGAUUGGUCAGGCGACUUACGGGCAACGUCCACGUUGGCAAUUCACAUGAGCUACUGGAACAUUUCAAAUUCUCAUUGGGAACCUUUGAUUGACCCGUGGACAUUUACGACUUCGGUCACCAGAAAUGAUGCUUCCGGGGCGAUGUCAAUUCGAUUCGAAGCAAGAGAGCGCCUUGACAUCAAUGUCACCACGACAUUAGUUGAGCUAGCCCUCGCUACUGCGAAUAUGAUUGGCCAAGAGGGAGAGGACGUCCUUAGGCGCGCCCGAGGAAGUUACGCACCGUAUAGAAUUCAUAACCGCACAGGCUCUCCAGUAUUCGUGUGGUCGGAUAUAGAAGGUAGCAGCCAAGCGAAGGAUGUCACGGCCAAACAAAUUCCAAAUGGGAAGACCAUAGACUGGAGAUUUGAUGAUUGGAAGACAAUGCGCGAGCAUGUGACAUCUAGUGGACACCACAAUCUUGGACUGCAAUUCGUCGGAAAGGCAUGGGAGCAUUUGCGUAGUAUUCCCGUUGACAGGGAAGGAGAGCACAUUUUCUCCCUAAGGCCGCGUACGGACAAAUAUGCACAUCGUUUACUCGUCGAGGUACGAGUACAGGGUAAUGCUAAGGUGGUAACUCUGCGAUCGAUAUACAAAGUGAACAAUGAUACUUUAUAUCCUCUUGAGCUUACUCUCGUCGACGAAGCUGGACAACCUGUGUAUCCUGUUGAGAAGAUAGCACCGGGGCAGGACUGUACUCUCCCAAUCGAGGCUGUGAACAAAGACAGGCUACGAAUUCAACCGGAUCAGGGUUUUGGAUACAAGUGGUCUCACGCCAUGCGCUGGGAAGACCUGAUUGCUAAGCGAAGAAUGACGCUGAAGUGCCCUCAUACAGAUGCAAACGAAGCACCCUUUCGGUUCCAGGUUUGUGUUGAAACCGAUUCCAACGAUUCGAGUCUACGAAAGAUUCCAAAGAUUACGGUCAAGUUGCGGGCUCCUAUACAACUAGAAAAUCUACUGCCAUAUAAUAUAGACUACCGAAUCUAUGAUAAAGAUGCUGAUCAAAACUGGCGAAGUUAUCUCCGUGCGGGGGGAAUAAUGCCCGUUCAUUCCGUUGAGCUUGGACAUCUUGUGUUGCUGAAUGUGCAAGUACAGGAUACGGUCUUUAAACAGAGCGAAUUUGCCAUUAUAAACACUGAUGGAAAUUCUGACUUCGAUGUGGAAAGCCGUCUGAUUCUGAGGGACUCCUUGGAUCAUAAACUUGAUCUAAGACUAAACUAUGUACGGGACCCUGAUGGGGGUGGCUCAUUCAAGGUUCAAAUAUAUUGUCCGUAUCUAGUGAUCAAUAAGACUGGGCUGCCUUUCGCGGUAAAACCGGGACGAUCGAACAGAAUCAAUGGUGCCCAAGAUAUGGCAGGUGAUACGAGGCCUGACGUUCUCUCGAAACCUACACCAUUCUUGCUGUCUCCUUCAAACGACCCAGGCAAGGAAUUCAGCUUCAAAGUUGGGGAAUCAGUUUGGUCAAGGGUUGUAAACAUCGAGGCACCCACAGCUGAUAUGAGACUCGUCAUUCCCUCACAAUCUCGAAGAUCGGAAGAGAUUCAUGUCGGUAUCUCAUGGUCAGAAGGCCUAGGAAAGUACAAACUCACAAAGAUCAUAACUAUCGCUCCGAGGUUCAUCAUCAAAAACAAUUUCUCUGAGGUUAUUUCCUUCCGUGAGCAUGGUGUUGCUCCGCGAGGGCGCUCCGUACUUCGGCCUGAAGAACGCUGUUCUCUGGACUUCACGCGCGUUGGAGAAGAGAAGCUUUUGACGAUUGCAAUAUCUGGUCUGAAUGCACAAUGGUCUGCACCGAUCAACAUGGAAGACAUUGGCACUGUUCAUUUCCGACUUCAAGGGACUGGAGAGAGCUCUAGAACAUAUCUUAUGCGUGCCGAUGUAAAGAUGGAAGGUUCCACAAUCUUCGUUUUCAUCGCGCAAGCUACAGAGGGAUCACCGUUCAUCAUUGAAAACGAUAGUGACUAUACCUUCUCCUUCUGUCAAUCUGAUCCAACCCGACCCGACUCAGAGCCUUCCAAUAAGAUGCCGACCUAUUCUAUUCCAAGCAAAUCGAAUGCAGACUACGUAUGGGACUACCCAGCUGCGAGGGAGAAGAAGUUGACCCUUGCCAUAAAUGGAUCACGCCGCGCCAUUGACAUCAUGGAAAUCGGAGACCUAAUACCAUAUAAAUUUUCUGUCCGACAGACCGUCCGUGCUGUUUCAUUGGACGUUCGUGCGGAUGGUCACAAGCAAAUACUGCGAAUCACUAACUAUAAUCCCGAGCGAAGUCUAUACAGGCCUAGACGCAGCAAUUCUGUCACGUUAGCAAGACAAGACACUAUCAGUAGUAGUCAGGACGCAUUUGAGGUUGUUCAAGAAGAAGUACAUCCGUCCCUGAUUGUGUCGUUGGAUAUCGAAGGCAUAGGUCUUUCGAUGGUAAAUCGGAAGAUGACUGAAGUUGUCUAUAUUUCCGCGAAUGGGCUGAAGCUGGAGUAUACCGAUAGUCCUAUUUCUCAGGAUCUCAACCUGUCAUGUGGUAGUCUCCAGGUGGACAAUCAGCUACACGACGCUCUCUUCCCUGUCGUUCUUCAGCCAACACCUAUCGCAAAAGAAUCCAGUGGUGUCGCGUCGCUCCCGACUAUCCAAAGUUCAAUGAUAUGGUUGAAAGAUCAAGAACACGGUGUAUUCUUCGUCAAGUAUUGCUCUAUACUCAUGCAAGCAUUGACGAUCGAGGCGGAUGAAGAUUUCCUCUACGCAAUAUAUGACCUUACACGCAUUAAAGGAGCCUCGUGGGAUGAUAUACAAGAGGACAUUCUUAUACAAUGUCCUGGAGAAAUUCCAGAGCCUCAGGCAUUAUCGAGCGGACAGGAGCUUUACUUUGAGGUGUUGGAGCUCCAGCCAAUCAAACUCUCUAUAUCCUUCAUGCGCACGGAGCGGUCGACCACUGAAGAUUCGCUUAGCAUACGUAACCCAUUCGCGAUCGUUGUCAACGCCAUAACCAUGGCUGUUGGGAAUGUGAACGAUGCGCCGCUAGAAAUGAAUGCGCUGGCAAUCAAGGACAUGCGUCUCGCUCUUCCAGAUCUCCAGAGCAGGAUAAUGCACCACUAUCGCCAAGAAGUGCUAAGGCAGUUGUAUCGCAUAUUGGGAUCCGCAGACUUCAUUGGCAACCCUGUCGGUCUAUUCAACAAUGUCAGCUCUGGUGUCGCGGAUAUCUUCUAUGAGCCAUUUAAUGGCGCAGUGAUGCACGGUAACUCGGAGCUUGGCGUGGGCAUUGCCAAGGGUGCGGCCAGCUUCGUGAAGAAGACUGUGUUUGGUUUCUCGGAUAGCAUGACCAAGUUCACCAGCAGUGUUGGUAAAGGACUAUCUGCGACAACAUUCGAUCCGGAGUACCAGCUCCGACGAAGGCUGAACCAGAGGCGAAAUCGACCCAGACACGCUAUAUAUGGUGUCGCGGCCGGGGCAGAAGCGUUCGCCAACAGCUUUGCCAGCGGUAUGGAGGGUGUCGUUAUGAAACCUCUCGAAGGCGCCGAGACGGAAGGAGCCAAAGGCUUUUUCAAGGGUGUCGGCAAAGGUCUUAUCGGGGCAAUUACCAAGCCUGUGGUAGGCGUCUUUGACCUGGCCUCCAACGUCAGCGAAGGCAUUCGCAACACCACGACCGUCUUUGACAAUCCUGCAAGAGACCGCCUGCGACUUCCUCGCUUGAUACCCGCCGAUGGUGUGCUGGUGCCCUACUCUGCACGUGAAGCUCUGGGCCAAUACUGGAUGAAGGAUCUGAACAACGGCGCAUAUCGUCAGGAGCCGUACGUGGCGCACAUCAAUCUCCCAGGAAGCGACAACGUCGUCCUCCUGACGGCGUCAAGGGUACUGUCUUUCUGGUCGAAGAACCUCCGACUAGACUGGGAGCUGCCGUUCGCUCUCGUGCAAGGCGUUACGGCAGAAGACACCGGGAUCAGGUUCGCGCACAAGGCCGGCAAGGACCAGGACAAAUUUGUGUUCAUUCCAGACAAAAACUCGCAGACAUGGUUUUUCGGCCAGAUUGCGUCCGUCGUGAAGGCGUUCAAUGCCCGACGGAGGAUGGACUCGUGA